AUGGCCCUGCCGGAUUACUACAGCGUCUUGGGGGUUGAGAGGGAUGCACGGCCUGCACAAAUCAAGAAGGCGUACUUCCAGCUGGCCAAAAAGAUGCAUCCAGACCGCCAUCACGGUACGGACAUUGAGCUGCAAGAAAUCAGUCCCGCCUUUGGAACACAUGGAAGACAAUUGAAGGCCUUAAGGAAAGGGGCAAAUCAUGCCUUCGAGCACCUCCAAAAGGCUUACAGUGUGCUCUCAAGCCCCGAGAAGCGACGGAACUACGACGCCUCCUUGGGCAAAGCGGGAGGAUUCUCCUCAGCCGCCCAAGCCUUGCGAGGUCAGGGGAGCAUGAAGGAAGGGCUUUCCUGGCUACACUCGCAGGAGAAUGUGAAAGGGUCGAUCCCGUCCAGCCGAGUGUCCUUCAGGAGGAUGUGGCGUGGCACCUGGAAUGGCUCGAGGGCAAGGCCCUUGUUCGGUCCUUUGAUCUUUGUCACGGGGAUUUUUGCGAUGUUCCGUGGCAUUCCUAUGGCUGCCAUGUAUUUGCUGGAAGAUUCUGAGCGGUUGCAUCCACCGCCAGUGAAGUCCAACUGA